UUUCUAUGGGCCUUUUCUCUGCUGCUGAUCCACCCCAUUAUCGUCGCUUUUAUUAUUAUUAUUAUUAUUUGAUUACUAUCUUAUACCCGCCCGCCUCCACUCCGGCCAAACUGCCAUGUCCGAACUUCCGCUGCUUUGAGAAUUUCAUCCCGACCGGACCAAAUUAUUCGAUGUACAACCUCUAUUAUCACCAUCUCCUCUCCUUAUUAUCCUCCUCUCACCGGUCCCUGUCGUGACAGAGUCGGUCUCCGAUCGCACAUCUUCCGUGUGAAUUCUUCUCGUCGAAUGAUGCCGGGUUUCCGAUAAUCCCUUUCACUCGCGAUCAUGGUAAAACCGGAAUCCCCAGACGAGCGUGACCGCAGGAUCGCGGAUCUUUGGGAGAGUCUCGGCGUGUCCAAAAGUGGCCGUCUGGAUCUCAAUGGUCUCAAGAAGGGUUUAAAGAAAAUUGAUCAUCCGCUCAAAAAUGCGGAUAGUAUGCUGGGGAAUGUCUUGCAUGCGGUCGAUACAAAUGGGGAUGGGUUCAUUGAUUAUUCUGAAUUUCGCGCCUUCGUCGACCAUACCGAAUACGGCUUGUCGCAGCUUUUCCAGAAUAUCGAUCGGAACCGGAACGGGGAAAUCGAUAAGAACGAGCUCAAAUCCGCCUUUUCCAAUUCCGAGGUGACGGUCUCGAGUGCCAAGCUGGAAGCUUUCUUCAGCGACGUCGAUACGAAUAAAGAUGGGGUCAUCUCCUACGAGGAAUGGAGGGAUUUCCUGCUCUUCCUGCCCGCCUAUUCCUCCAACCUACACGCUAUCCUUUCAUACUACACGGCCACGGGAAAUCUAAACCCGGAAGGAGACGUCCACAUCAACGAUCUACAGGGUUUAGGUACAGACCACUCGUUUCCUAAACGUAUCCUCUUGGCUAUCAAAAGCUUCUUGUACAAUAUCCCGGUGCCUGCGUUGGCAGCCCUCAUCCCGUCCGCCCACGCAGAAGCCCCGGGCCCCGGCCAUGAUGAUUUUGUAUCCUUAGAUGGUGACUCGGAAUUGGAGUGGCUACCCAUACCAAGGCGUGUCGCCAUGUGGAUGUCCUUUCGAUAUUAUGAACAGAAGUUGACCGAGAACACUCCUCAAUUAGGUUAUUUCAUUGCGGGCGGGAUUGCGGGCGUCGUUUCGAGAACGGCGACGGCCCCCUUGGAUCGCCUCAAGGUCUAUCUGAUUGCCCAGACCGGCAUCCAGUCGUCCGCCGUUGUUGCCGCCAAGGAUGGUGCGCCGUUGGAAGCUGCGGGGAGAGCGUCUCGGACGCUAGCCGAUGCUGUCAGGGAGUUGUGGCGGGCCGGAGGGGUGCGGAGUCUGUUUGCAGGCAAUGGAUUGAACGUGGUGAAGGUCAUGCCCGAAUCGGCGAUCAAAUUCGGAGCCUACGAGUCUGCGAAACGUGCAUUUGCUCGCAUGGAAGGUCAUCAUGACCCGAGAAAGCUGUCACCGGUUUCCCAAUUCCUAUCCGGGGGCUGUGGCGGAAUGGUUGCCCAAUGUUUCGUUUAUCCCCUCGACACGUUGAAGUUCCGCAUGCAGUGUGAUACCGUUGUAGGUGGCCCGAAGGGCAACAAGUUGAUCGCCGCCACCUUUCGAAAGGUGUGGAAUAAAAACGGUCUCUUCGGUUUCUUCCGCGGCCUGCCGCUAGGGAUAACGGGCAUGUUCCCCUACGCGGCCAUCGACCUGUCUACCUUCGAAUACCUCAAGCGCACCUUGAUCGCGCGCAAAGCUCGCCUCCACCACUGCCACGAGGACGACGUUCCCCUAAACAACUUCACGACCGGCGGGAUCGGUGCUCUGAGCGGAGGUCUGAGCGCAUCCGUCGUCUACCCGCUUAACGUCCUCCGAACAAGACUCCAGGCGCAGGGCUCCAUUCUCCAUCCCGCCACCUACUCGGGGAUCGGCGAUGUCGCCCGCCGAACGAUCCAGACUGAAGGGUUCCGGGGCUUCUACAAGGGUCUGACGCCAAACCUUCUCAAGGUCGCUCCCGCGGUAUCCAUUAGCUACGUCGUCUACGAAAACGCGAAACGCAUGCUCGGCCUGAAAUAAGUUAACUUAAGGGCUAACUGCGCCGGGGCGCUCACCCACUCUCGUCGCCAUAUACCCUCGAUUACCGUCUCGUUUUGU